AUGGCGGAGGAGGAGAGGCGGCGGCGGUUCUCGAGUCUACGCAGCGUCCGGUGGCGGGUCGAUCUCGGCAUCCUGCCGGCGUCGCCGGAGGCCUCCGUCGAGGAGCUCCGCCGCGCUGCCGCCGAUUCGCGGCGGAGGUAUGUUAGUUUGAGGCGCCGUGUUCUGGUAGACCCUCAUCUUCCAAAGGAGGAGGCUAGAUCACCUAACCUCAUCGUGGACAACCCGCUCUCUCAGAACCCAGAGAGUAGCUGGGGUCGGUUUUUCAGAGGGGCAGAGUUGGAGAAGACUGUGGACCAAGAUUUGUCUCGCUUGUAUCCCGAAGAUGGUAGUUACUUCCAAACACCUACUUGCCAGGCCAUGCUGCGUAGGAUACUGUUAAUGUGGUGUCUUCAGCAUCCAGAGUAUGGUUACCGCCAAGGAAUGCAUGAGCUAUUGGCUCCACUUGUGUAUGUUCUUCAGGUCGACAUUGAUAAGCUAUCGCAAAUACGAAAACUCCAUGAAGACUGCUUCAAUGAUGAUUUUGUUGGAGUACCUUUCCCAGAUACUGAUAUGGUUUUUAGUUAUAAACCUAGAAAGGACCCAAAGUGGCAUUCAGGAACUGACAAUGAAAAUGAUUCUGAAAGUGCUUCCAGAGCUAACAGUCUUGAUGAGCUUGACUCAGAUACAAAAGAAAUAAUUUUACUUAGUGAUGCAUAUGGAGCUGAAGGUGAACUAGGCAUUGUAUUAUCUGAAAGAUUCAUGGAGCAUGAUGCCUAUGCCAUUUUUGAUGGUUUGAUGGAUGGGGGCGGUGGAGUGGUUCGCAUGGCAGAAUUUUACUCUCCAUCCAGUGUUGGAUCUAGCUCAAGUCUACCGCCUGCUAUUGAAGCCUCCUCAGCAUUGUAUCAUUUGCUUUCCAUUGUUGAGCCAUCUCUUCAUAACCAUUUCAUUGAGCUGAAAGUGGAACCUCAGUGGUUUGCACUUCGUUGGCUGAGGGUCUUGUUUGGACGAGAAUUCGGCCUCAGUGAUCUCUUAGUAGUAUGGGACAAAGUCUUCGCCUGUUCCAAUAGUAUGCUGCUAAAUAGUGAUGAGGAAUAUAGCUUUCGGAUCUUGUGUUCAGAUAGAGGGGCAUUCAUUGCAGCUAUGGCAGUCUCUAUGCUUCUUCAUGUUAGAUCGUCUCUGUUGGCUACCGAGACUGAUGUCUCUUGUCUCCAGAGAUUAUUGAAUUACCCGACGAAUGUUGAUGUGCAGAAGCUAAUUGAGAAGGCCCAGUCCCUGCAGUCUACUGCCAUUGAUGCGAACACUUCAUCCCCAUCUGUCCUAUUAAAUAGGGAUAUCGGCGAGUAUGACAGAGUUAACAGUAUUAUCUCUAUUUCAACUCCUCCGAGAACUCCAUUGCAUCCUUUAUCCGAGAGUUACUGGGAAAAGCAGUGGAGAAAUUUGCACAAUGAUGGGACAUCUCCCAAGGAGACUGAGAAGGGUCAUUCUUUCAGCAGAGAAAUAAAGAAAUCCUUAAGGCAGAAGCUUGGUUUGUGUAGGACAGAGUCAGAUCCUUCUCCAGUGAAAGCAAUCAGUGUGAAAAGUGAUGCUCAGAAUUCAGCAAGGCGAUGCCUUCUGGAUAUUUUAUCAGAUAGUGCGGGGAGGUCUCAUGAAAUUGCAGGGAAAAUUCAAGAAGAUGAAUUCCCUAUCGUCUCAAUUCACAAGGAGCCUCCAGUGAGUCCCGCAGAGCCUUUGCAACCAAGAGCAGCUGCUGAAAGUGUAACUGUAAGCCCACCGUGCCUGGCUAAACUCAGCCCUCUAGAAAAUCCGCUGGCUGUGCCAGCUGAUGAGAGCGCAACACAAAGGACACAAUGUGCAACAGAAGCUUGUUCUUCUAGCGGUGAGAACUCUCCAGUGUUCUAUGCAGCCGUUGCUGGUAAUGAGCAUGAGAACAUUCAAGAUAACGAUUCUGAGAGAAGUAGUGUCAUUUCAAUUUCGUAUGGUGGUGACAAUGACAGGGAUGAAAUACUGCAAGAUGAGUCAUCCAGCUGUAAUCAUGACGGCAGUAGUGUUCAAGAUUCAGAAGCAGAAACUUCUAAUAAAACUGCAGAUCCAGAUGGAUCCUCUGAAAAAACUGUGGUUCCUAAUGAAAGGAAGCCAUUUAUCAGUAAAUUUCAGUGGCUGUUGAAGCUAGGGAGACCCUCAGGUGAAGGCAACAUCGAGAAGGGUAGCGGUGAGAAAUCAGAUGCUAAAGAUGCUGUUGACCCAUCCUGCUCCGAAGGGAAUUCGAAUAACCCGCGUGGUAACGUGAAGUUGGCUGCUGGUGAUAAGAAGGUGAUGGGCACAUUUAAGAAUCUUGGACAAAGCAUGCUCGAGAAUAUCCAGGUGAUCGAGUCAGCGUUUCAGCAAGAUCGCAGCCAGCCCGGGCCGAUGGAGAACUUCUCGAACAACCUCCUGGGCGGCAAAGGACAGGUGACGGCGACUGCGGCUCUGACCGAGCUCCGCAAGAUCAGCAACUUGCUCAGCGAGAUGUAG